UUAAAGGCCCUCUGGUCCUUUUUAUUUCUUAUUUUAUUUACAUUUCAGUUUUCCCCUCGUUUGUCCUGUUUUGUACCUCUCCUCCCCUUUGUAUCCUACCCUCCCCCCCCUUCAAUUACUCCUACUGUUUUUGAGUGUUGCAUUGCCGGCUAGCCCUUGAGGCGCGGCAGGCAUUGCAUUGUCGCGUGUUUGUCUGACUGUAUUUUCCUUGUCCCUAUCCACCUUGUAUUUGUUAGUUCACCCCCUAAAAACUGCCUUUUGUUUCUGUUUCUUGUUGUGUGUCGCCAACUGGGGGACCUUUGCUGGCCGGCUUGCUGGCUGGUUGGCUUUGCCUGGUCUGCUGGCGGGGCUCGCUAGCUGGCUAGCUUGGCCUGGUCUGCUGGUGGGGCUCGCUGGCUGGUGGGCCUGGUCUGCUGGUGAGGCUUGCUAGCUGGUUUGGCCUGGUCUGCUGGCGAGGCUUGCUAGCUGGUUGGCUUGGCCUGGUCUGCUGGUGAGGCUCGCUAGCUGGUUGGCUUGGCCUGGUCUGCUGGUGAGGCUGGCUAGCUCUCUCGGCCCUCAAGCUUGGCAAGGUUUUGUGUUGGUCAGUGCCCCUUUUUGUUUUCUCCUUAUUUUCCCCUCACCUAAAUUUGUUUGUUAGUUCGCCCCUCCCCCGCUCCUUGUUUGGUUUUUGUCUAUUUUUGUCCUUCCCCUUCGUGUCUUUAAUUAUUAAAAAAAAAAAAUAAUAAUAUUCAAAAAAUAUCCUUGUGUCCCUUCCCAUUGUUGAUAAGAUUAGUUUGGUGCUGUGCUAGAUAGUUUGUUGUGUGUCCCGUGCUACUGGUAGGACCUGUUCAGCACAGCCUGGCUGAGCCUGCUAGUUCCUCGGCUGUUUUACACCCCCCUCUUUCUUCUCCCUCCCCCCCUCUUCCCCCUUUCACCGGUGUUGGGCUGUAAAGGGAGUGGGCCUCCAUCAUGUCAGCAGCACAGGCUGGCAUGAGGAGGCACCAUGCAGUGCGCCUCCUUCUAAAGGAGAAGGGAGGAAAAAUAAUGGAGUUAUCCCGAUUGGAUUUCUCCAGAAAAUUCCUCCAGAAAGAGCUCGGCUUUCAUCCCGCGCAGGUAAACUGCAUCUUAGCCCUCCCCUAUAGGAAGGGCUUCGAUGUCAGUUUUGCCAACGCCAGCUUCCUGAGGGAGUUCUGGGGGAAACUCCAGAACGCCCUGAACACCCAGGGGUCCCUCACAGCAAUGUUUGAGGUGACCAAGCUGACGGAUAAUAGCAUUAAAACCGUUAUUAUCCGCAUGUACAAUGAAACCGUACAGCCGGAGGACGUUGCAGUAUGGCUGGACAGGUACUGCAACGUGAAGGGCCCCCUGAUCCAGGUAAAAGACCUCGAUGGGAUCUGGACAGGGGCCUGGAGGGUCACUGUCCAGCAAAGGGAGGACCCUGGGGGCUAUGGUGGGUUGAAAGCCAUCCCAUCCACCAUAGUCCUCGGAGAGAACAGGGGCCAUGUUCACUACCAGGACCAGCCCAAGCUGUGCCGUAAGUGUGGUGAACAUGGCCACCUUGCAGACGCCUGUCAGAAGGUCGUCUGCAUGAAGUGCCGGGAGGUGGGCCACCGCUACGAGGAGUGCACGAACGGAAGGUCGUGCAACCUCUGUGGCGAACGGUCCCACCUCAUCCGCGACUGCCCCUCCUCCUGGGCCAACAGGGCCAAGGCGGGAAGGAGGGAGUGGGCGGCCGCGGACCGGACUUCCGAGCGCCAGAGGGCUGGAACGGCAGUUGCCGAGGUGGUAGUGGAGGAGCCGGUGGUGGUGGAGGAGGCAGUAGUGGUGGUGGAGGAGAUAGUUGUGGAGCCGGUGGUGGUGGUGGCUGUAGUGGAGGGCGCGGAAGGUGUAGUGGUGGAAGAAGUGGGAGGAGAGGACAAAACCCUCCCCACCCCAAUCCCCCUGCCCCAGACUAAUGUGACCCCUGAAGGAGAAAGGGCCGAGAAAGACGGCUCCGGUGAGAUGUUCAGCAAAAGCUCCCCAAGUGGGUCAGAUAUUAUAGGGUCAGUGUCGGAAAGCACCAUGGAGACUGUGUCAGAAGGUACGGGAGAGGAGGGGGAGAUUCUGAAGGAACACCUCCCCCUACGUAAAAGAAACGCUGAGGAGCUCUCUGACCCCGAACAGGGAAAUGGGAGGAUAAGUGGCAGCACGGGCCCUCCAUUUGGAGUGGUUCCAAUUUUAACAAGAACGACGGUGUUGCCAUUUUAAUCAAGACCCCACAGGUGGUGGUGAAGGGGAGCACGGUGGUGGAGCGGGAACCAGUAUGUCCAGUGCGCGGGCUCGCUAUAGGUGAGCCCACAACAGUUUGGCGCAACGUGGCCCAUCCUGCUCUACUGAAUCGGCAUCGGGACCUGUCCUGGA